AUGUCGAAGAGAUUCAGCAAGAAAAACGCACAGAAGUACGUGGUCGUUCAUAGACCCCACGACGAUCCGCAGUUCUACGAUGAGGGUGCCUCUGCACACGUCUUGGUUCCCGUGGAUGAACAUGGUAAAGUCACCAGCACUUCUUCACAAAAGAUAGAUAUCAGUAGUGAAAAGCGCAGGCAACCUAAGGAACGAAUUGGUGAAGCAGUAUUGUAUGGUAUUGAGUUUGACGAUUCCAAAUACGAUUAUACACAGCAUUUGAAGCCCAUUGGUGAAGAUCCUUCGAAUUCGAUAUUUAUACCAGCAAAGGGUGCCAACGCUGAGGAUGCGAAAGCAAAGAAAAAUAAUAUUGAAGACCUUUUCGUUGAGCCUACUUAUCAGGCAGCAGAACCGGUGACAUCCGUUUUCCAGAGGGGUGUGGCUAAACCGGAGUACUUGAUUCACCAGCAAGAUGUCACAGACGAUAUCAAAGGUUUCAAGCCUGACAUGAAUCCAGCAUUGAGAGAAGUUUUGGAAGCCUUGGAAAAUGAGGCUUAUGUUGUAAAUGAUGACAUUGUUGUGGAGAAAACAAAGAUUGCCAAACCAUCGUCAGAAAACGUUGAGGACGAUGAUAUAUUUGCAGAACUUUUGGGCAGCGGUGAAGUGGAAGAUGAAGAACAAUUCGAAGCAAAGCUGGACGAAUGGGAUAUAGACAACUUGGCAGAAUACGAAGAUGAUCAUUACCACGAAGAACUACAAAAUAUUGAUAACGUUGAGAAUCUCGAAGACCUAAAAGACAUCGACUAUCAAGCAGAUGUGAAAAGAUUCCAGAAAGAACAAAAACAGUGGCAGCAAAAAAGUGUUGACGGGGAGUCAAAUAAUGAGUUUGAUAAUGAAAGUGACCAACAAACGUCUGACCUCGAGCUGGAUGACCUCGGCGAUCUACCGACGUUCGAUUCCAAUAAUAAGUCGAAAACUGGUUCUAAGCGAAGAAAAGAACGUAAGAAGAAGGGUGCAAUGUCUGAUAUUUCUGGCUUUUCCAUGAGCUCUAGUGCCAUUGCGCGUACAGAGACGAUGACAAUCUUAGAUGAUAAAUACGACCAGGUCAUUGCUGGUUACGAUAAUUACAGAGAGGAACAGGAAGAAGAUUUCGAGGAAAACUAUCAGUUAUUCGAUAUGAAGAAAGAGCGCUCAGAUUUUGAAUUCUUGUUAGACGAUUUCCUCGACAAUUACGAAUUAGAUAAAGGUGGGCGUAAAUUAUGCAAGAAGAGUGAAGAGUUGGAUAAAUUGAAACGUGCAGCUGAUGAAGUUAGCAAAGGUAAACUUUCACAGAGAAGAAAUCGCGAACGCCUUGCAAAACAAAAUAAGGAAAGUGUCGGUAAAGUAACGAAUAGUCUAAGUAACCUGAAAUUAUAG